AAGUUCCGACUCUGGGUUUCUGCGGCGUUCUCCGGCUCCACGCGCUGUUGAGGUGUGGAAGACUCACAGCCUCCUCCUCUUCCCUCCCUCCGUAGGUUUUUUUUUUUUGCUUUUCAACACAAAAAAAGUUACGCCCAAAACCCUAAACCCUUAUUCAUCCCCGCGUCGAAACCUCGUCUCCUCUCUAAUCUAAUCGAUCUCUCAGUCGCAAGCGAUGAUCAAGCGAUUUUUUUUUCUUUUUGUUCCGUCCUUAUUCCGAUGAGUCGAGCUUAGCGAGAACCUGCAAUCAGUAAUUUUUUUUUUAGAUCUUGAGCCCUUCCUGCGAUGAGAUGAAACUUUAUUCGAGCGAAGCAAAUGGGAAUCUGAUAGGAGAACGUAAGAGGGGGUUGGAAUAUGCUCUCUUUGUCUACUGUCCGCAGAGUUUGUGCUGCCAUUGAUGCUGUUUCCGCAACCGUUAUUGCUGCCGGCUUAUCGAAAUCACGAACCAAAACUGACCUCUCCGCCGCCGCCGCCAGCUGUUCGAUCCAAGACCCCAAUACUUUACCCACCAUUGCUUCAUGCAAAGCUGCACUUUUGAAGAAGGAGACAAAAACCAUGCCAGAGGAGAGCACAAUACCUGUCAGUGAACCUGCUCUCGUCAAGAUUAAGAAGGAGAGGGACCCAGAAAAGCUAUUCCAUUUGUUCAAAUCGAAUGCCCACAAUCGCCUUGUCGUCGAAAACCGGUUUGCCUUUGAAGAUACUGUGUCAAGAUUGGCCGGAGCUUCUCGCUUUGAUCUCAUAGAGCAGCUUCUAGAACACCAGAAGGCACUUCCUCAAGGCCGCCGUGAAGGGUUCGUCGUUCGGAUUAUAAUGCUCUAUGGAAGGGCUAGAAUGCCAGAUCAAGCCCGUAAGACGUUCGAUGAAAUGCACCUCUUCGGAUGUCGACGAACUGUCAAAUCGCUUAAUGCUACACUCAAGGUCUUGUAUGAUAACCGGAGGUUUGAUAAUAUUCAAGAGGUUAUUGAGGAGACACGGGCUAAGUUUGGGAUUGAAUUCGAUGAUAUUUCGUUUAAUAUAAUUAUCAAGGUUUUAUGUGAGAUGGGUCAUUUAGAUGAUGCUUACUUGACCAUGGUGAAUAUGGAGAAGUGUGGGAUCAAACCCGACGUUGUUACGUAUACCACUAUCAUGUCUGCAUGUUAUAAGCUUGGUCGACGAGAGAUUGGUGAUGGGUUGUGGAAUCUGAUGGUGCUCCGAGGAUGCUCACCAAAUUUAGCCACUUAUAAUGUUAGGAUACAGUACCUCAUUAGCAGACAGAAGGCUUGGCAAGCCAAUAGUUUGAUUCGCAAGAUGGAUUUUGUUGGCAUAAAGCCGGAUGAGCUGACUUAUAAUCUAAUCAUCAAAGGUUUUUGUAUGAUUUGCGAGCUUGAAAUGGCUAAAAGGAUCUUUAUGUCUAUGCAUGGGAGGGGAUGCAAACCAAACAGUAAGAUCUACCAAACUAUGGUGCAUUAUCUUUGUAAAGCUGGGGAGUUUGAUAUGGCAUUUAGGCUGUGCAAGGACAGCAUGGAGAGGAAUUGGUUCCCUAGUGUUGACACCAUUGAUAGACUACUGAAAGGCCUUAUGUCGAUCUCGAAGGACCGCAAUGCUAGGGAAAUCAUGAAGUUGGUUAGUGAAAGAAAACCUCCUUAUUUGAAGGAUGAGUUGGAGGCCUUUGGAGGCAUAUUUUCUCGGAGCAAGACACAGGAGAAAUAAUGAUUUUGGAAUUUUAUGUUUUUGAAUGUUGUGUUUUCUGAUGGAGAUGCCAUUAUUUCGAUUCACAUUCUUUAUUGUUUCAUCUACAACUAGACACGAUAUUUAUGUAGAUGUAGCAGAGGCUUCUGAUGUUCUUCUUCAGACUGAAUUGGUCAUCAUAGAGGUAGAAGGGCCAGAAGAGCGUAGAACAGUUGUUCCCUGGCCAGUUGAAGGAGAAGGCUGUGGGAAAGCUCAAAAUUAGUACCUGCUCACAGGAACCAUUUUACAUUUUUGAUGUUUAUAACUCAUCACACUCAAAUAUUGCAUUGUAACCUGAUGUACCUUUUUGGUUGAUUCUCGCAGUCAAGAAGUUGUCAUCGUAUACAACGUUUUCUUUUUCCA